AUGUGCAUCCAGGAGAUCAGCCAUAACACCUAUACCAAUGGGACGCGGCCCGACGUCACCGAGAGGGUUUACAACUGCCACAAGGGCUUGUGCGAUUUCCCCACUGUCAAACAAAUCUGGCAGACGCUUCCCGAGAAGUCGAACAGAAGCGAGCCCAGGUACCCUGGAUACCUGCCUGUCCAUCUGCCGCCUACACCUCGUGAAUCCAAGGAGCCUUCGCCCGUAGGCAAGCGGGACUCCGGAUACCUCCAUGGCACUCGGGUUUCCGAGCCUUCGCGCUCGUCGAGACAUAAUGACGACCACCCGAAUUACAAGUAUGGCAGCAGCCCAUCUGACAGCAAGCCUAAGGCGGAUGUCUACACGCGUCCCUCCGUUGUAGUCACACACAACUACAACGUCCCUCAGGAGGAUAACACUCGUCGACGCUCUGAGCGCGACCCUAGCCCGGGCCCCGGCCACUCUGGUCACUACAAGCAGCACUCCAAGAAAGACUCUGGAUUUGAGUUCAUCAAUCUCGCCGACGAAGACCGUAAACGCCGUCGCGCCGGCCGUCCCUCUGAUGCCGUUUCCACCACCGCUACCACCGGCAUUGUUCCCGCCUCUCGCCCUCCCCGCACCGGCGACAACACUGGCCGCUACGGAUCCAGCCCCACCGGCCCCAGCGGCAUGGACUCACUUCGCCGCAGGAACAGCGUCUCCUCUCGCAACGAUGACUCUGGCCGUACACCUCGCCCAAGAACCGUUUCAGGAGGCUCUCGCUCUCGCGCCUCAUCCGUCGGCGUCCGCUUCGCCGACGACGUUGUCGAGCUCAAGGGCAUUCUCAAGAAGCCCGCUGGUACCCGCGAGGACAGCAACGAGCGCAGCAAGGAUCGCAGCACCAAGGGAAAGGGAGUGGAGGUGGAGAUGAGCAUUGAGGAGCUGAGGAGGUCGGUCGCGGACCUGGGGCUCAGGGGAGCCACCCGGGACCGGAACGUGGAGAAGGAGAGCAAUGUCUCUUUGUCUCUCACCGGGUCGAUGGCGAGCAUCGAUUACGAUCGGUUGAGGAGCAGGUUCGAGAGGGAUAACGGUGGAAGCACUGGGCGACAUGGAGGGAAUCGGGCCACCAGGAAUGGGGAUAGGUACGAUUAUUAUUGA